AUGACUGCAACUCAAUGUUUAUCUAUUUCGUCGAAUAGAAACAUUUUCAAUGGUAACAACGAUAUUAUUACCUUUAAUAUUGGCGGUCAUAUUUAUUCAACGCGACGUUCAACAAUCAAUGAAAAUCUUGAUUCACAAUCGUAUUUAUCUUUGAUUGUAAAAAAUCAAACGAAAAUUCAAUUAGAUAAUAAUGGUCAUUAUUUUAUUGAUCGUGAUGGCAAAUAUUUUUGUUAUAUAUUAAAUUAUUUUCGUGAGAAAAAACUUAUCUUACCGGAAAAUUUCAAUGAAUUAAAACAACUUUUUUCUGAAGCAAAAUUCUAUCAAAUCGAUGGACUAAUAAAUGAAAUUGAAAAUCAUUUAAAUAAAACAAAUGAAACCAAUAAAGAGUAUCAUCGCGGUUUUCAAUUUACUUUAAUUUCAAAUUUAGAAAAAAAUGGGAAAAUAUUAAAAUUAAUUGGUCCAUUAAAAUUAAUUACUUUUUUUCAUAUUAAAUUAAUCGGAGAAAAAUUUUUAAAUAUUAUUUCUUCGUUUAAGAAUCCGCAAGAUAUUUUAUGUCAAUUGUCUUUUUCAUUUGAUGAGAACCUAAUAGCAUGUCAACCAAUCGAUCAACUGCAACGUUUUGUACUUACUAAACAAGCUAGAAAAAUGAAUUUAAUAGUUAGUUAUUGUGAUGAUUAUUUUUAUAUACCUACUGAACGUGACAUUAUGUCACGGCAUGAAUUUACACAAAUAUUAUUACAAAUGCAUAAUGGAAAAUUAUUAGAUUCAAAUAUUAAACAUGAUGAUUCACAAAGUCUAGUCGAGCAUUGGUUUUUGCCAACAGAAUUUGACGAAGCAUUCGAAUGCAAGCAGAAAUAG